UCUAAAAAGCCAUACUUUUAUUCCCAUUUAUUACGGUAGUAAUUGUCUGCAUACAAGAGUGGUCUUGUGGAAGUUGUAACCAUGUUGUAUCAUAAAAUGUGUAAGCAGAAUGAAGUUUGUCAAAGAACGAGGUUUUUGAUAUGAAUUAUUUGUAUUUGGCAUCCCAGUCCUGAUUAUAAGCUUUAUAGUCAAUAUAGACAAUAUUCUGUGUUCCAUCACAGGUUUUUUGAAAGAAACCUCCUGAGUGAGAUGAACAUAGGUCAGUGUCUUGGGUUACAAAAACAAUUAGAUACUCAGUAUAAGCUCUGUAGCUAACUAAUACACUAUGAAGGUAACAGUUGGGAAGAUAAUGUUGCGAUGGAAACAGGCAAUAAGUUCGCAUAGCAUAACUCAUUAUGUAUUAAAAAUGUUUAUUGUGAAAGCAGUCUAGUCAAAAGGCAUAGAUGGUAGAUAAAAGAGAUAUUAACCUCAUUCAUUCUUUUUCAUUUUGCUUUUCUGCUUACAGUCCUUUAAACUGUACUGGCUCCAGCUCCUGCCUUUACAUGUGUCAUAGCUGCAUCUGUUUGUAGAGUAGCCAGUUUGCUGGUCUUAAGCUUGCUGGUCAUAAACUUAGUUAUUAUCAACAAUAGGUACCUAAAAAAUAAACUGUCUUUGCAGACCUAGCUUUUAAGUGACCCUAAAGAGUCAGCACCAGCUCCGCAAGUUUCAAGUCAUGCUGUCAAGCCAAACUUAGUGUGUGAUAUAUUUUGGAAUGAUUAUUUUUCUUUAUGGAAUACUACAAAAUCUGUGUUCUUUCUUUACAACAAUAGUGCUGGAAAAAUCAAACUGGUAACUACUGUUAUCAGCAUUUAUCAAGUUCACUCGUAAAGCAUAAGCAUUAACAGGUUUUAAGGAAGGGAUGUGCACUUAGUGUCUGCUUAAUCUGUCUCACAAACCGUGGCCUGUGGAAGGAAGAGAUGUCCAUACUGUGGUCUUAUGGAAUAUUCUGGCUAAAACCAUUUACUAUUUGGGAUUUGAAUUUAUUUCAAUUUUCAGUUCAGGCAUUAGGAAUUAAAAUUUUCAUCUGCAUUUUUAUGGCUAGAUCUGAAGUAUUAUUUAAAUUCUUAAGAGAGAUGCAAAUGCAGAACAAGUGAGGAGGAUCAUAUUUGACACCUAGAUUUGUUUGUAAAAUGAAUACAGGAUGUUCAGUUGAGAAAGAAUGGAAUCGACUAAAAGAAUGUAAUAGCAUAUUUUAAUAGGAAAUACAGAGGACUGGGUGGAUGUCUGUAGUAGUGUGUGAAAUCUCUGGGGCCUGUGUUUUUGUUUCAGAAGUAUUUAGAUGUUGCAGGAAGCUAAUGUGCACCAGAGUAGGAAGGCAUCAUUAACUUGAAGUGCAUCAGUAGGGAGAAAGCAGAAAGCCUAGAGCUGUAAAAAAAUAAGACGAGGCAGUAGAAAGGAAGUGUGGGAAAGGGGAUCUGUAAACAAAGUUUGGAGAGGAGCAGUGUCUCACAUGAAAGGAAGUAAAAAUAUCAGUGUGAACUAAGAUGCCUCUUUGUAAAUAGUGCUUAGUAAAAGUGUGUUGGAAAAGCAAUUUUAACAGUACAUAGGAGAGACAGAAAAUACAUGAGGAGCAGAAAUCCAUUUGCUGAGCAUCACCAGAGUAGUUGAGAAGGAGGAGAGCAUGUUUCGCUGGGGCCGAAGAACCAGAAGCAGUAUUGUGGAGAAGAAGAACUUCAGGGUAAAGAAUCAAAACUGAUAUUUUUAGAAGAAAGAAAGCAGUAAGUUAAGGGUGGAAAGAGGAUCCUUUGGAAAGGGUCUGAAAAAGGUAAAGGAAUAAAGCUUUACUGAGUGUAACAGCAAGAAUUAAGAGUAGGAGAAACUAUGCUACCAACCAGUGCAAAUAAGUCUCUUAAGAUUACCUUAUUACCACUUGCAUAUUGUAUCCUCUCAAAUAGCUAAAGUGACCAAGAUACAGUCAUGCCUUUAAACUCAAAAUCUUGCCUUUAAACUUAGUAACUGUUCAAAUCUCUUUUCAUGGAUGUUGAAACUAGGAGGAAUCUGUCAGCAUUGCAAGAUGAAAUGGCUUCUGUGGCACUAUCCUCUCCCUUGCACAGGAAUACAGGCAUAUGGAUAACAAGCCCUAAACUCAACACUGAUCUGGGUUUAAUUUUAAUCUGUGUCAGUCUUCCUUGUCCAGUUCAGUAUGGGAUCACAUAAGUGCCAUUGUGCUGACAAAGCCAGACUUGAACUUGCAGUACAAUUUCCAUAAACUGUUAUGGAUACUGUUAUGUUUGGUGUGAUCCCAUCCCCUUGAGAGUAGAGAGCCAUUACCUGUGUCUGUCUUCUAAAAAACACUUCCUUGGCAGGUUGAGCCAAUCUUAGGCUUCUGCAGUACCUGCAACAUUGUCCAUCAGUGUUUUCCCAUGCCUCCUUCAGCACUUUUUUCAACCCAGGAGUAGGUGUGGUUGAAAACCAGUAACUUUCAUUUUUCACCCUCUCCUUCAGAUUCUUCAUUUUAUUUUGUUUUUGGCCAGAGGUAUCAGCAGGGUAAAUUAAUGGAAGAGGAUUGACAAUAUGCUUCUAGGAAGGGAUAGGACUUCGUCAGUGCUUAACUUGGGUUGUGUGAUUUCUGAGAUUGGGCCUUUAUGGUGUGUUUCUUUGAGGGUGCAGAAGGAUGAUACCUUAUUCUUUCUAUAUUACCUUCUUCCAUUGCCAUUCCAGGUUUCAGGCCUCCAGCACUACCCUUCCUUGUCUUGUUCCAGCUCUGGUUGUCAUCUGUCUUUCCAUCAGUCUAACAUUUGAAAGCAUUCUGAAAUGAUGAAAGAACAGAUACUUCUACCAUUGUUGUUUGAAAGUGUCCUGCUUCUGACAUUUUUGUUUGAAGGAGUCCUGCCUGAGGAAUUCUUCAGGAGAUAACAGGGAUGAGGGCUGUUAAGCCAUUGUUUGUUCAGCCACACACAAGACUACAGAAAGUCCCAUGUGAGGCCUGUAAUUCAAUCUGAGUAGGAAUCCAUUAGUUUAAAAGCAUUCUACUCCCCACUCUUUGGCCAGGAGUGGUCUAAAUGCAUAUAAUAGUUAUAAUUAAUGCAUUAUUAAACCAUUUGUUACCUUUUAUUCAAAAGACCUGGACAUAGUAGACUGCAAUAAUCUGAUCCUUAUUAUGGGAAAUAUACUGGAACUGGAAUAAACUGCAUAUGUGUCUGCUGCAAAAUUUGAAGUAAUUUAGUGAAAUGGUAGGCUCGUAACUGAUAGAUUGUUCUCAGCAGUACUAUUACACAUUAGAAAUACAGCUUCUUUAGAAAUUUAUAUUUAAUUCAUACUGCCGUGUUGUGGUGCUAAAAGAGAUUAAAGGCUGGAUAAUGUGUUUUAAAAAAAUACUCUCUCCCCCGUACAGUCAUCGUGAUGUUUGUGUUACGGAAUGUGAAUUCUUAAGUGGCGUGUUGAAGUUACUUACUGGAACUUCUGGAACUGUGGGAUUCUACUAGAGUUAAACUCAUAGCAGGGACAUAGUUUUGCUUAACUGCAGUGAACUAAUUUCUUUUUUUUUCCUUUUUUUUCAAGCUAGAGUAACUGACAGAAUCUAAAAGGAGACAUAUUUGCUAAAUAUGGAAGAGGAUACCAAACCUAUCUUGGUUCCUGUGGGAGGUGAUGAAAGCAAUUAUGGAAUCAUGAAUAUACAGUUUAAUCCAGAAGACUAUAAGUGCAAAAGACCAUUUCACGUGGAGCCCACAAACAUAGUUAGUGAGAAUGAUGACAUGCAAAGAGUCACUGAUGAAGCUUCAGCAAUGAAUAAGCGGAUUCAUUACUACAGCAGGCUCACAUCCCCUGCAGACAGGGCAUUGAUUGCUCCUGAUCAUGUACUCCCAGCUCCUGAUGAAAUCUACGUGUAUAGUCCAUUAGGAACUGCUUUUAAAGUUGACAGUUGCACAGAUGGCUAUGGUAAAAACUCCAGUCUAGUGACAAUAUUUAUGAUAUGGAAUACAAUGAUGGGUACAUCCAUAUUAAGUAUCCCUUGGGGAAUAAAACAGGCAGGCUUCACUUCUGGAAUUAUUCUCAUCUUACUCAUGGGCAUUUUGACUCUUUAUUGCUGUUACAGAGUUGUGAAAUCACGGCAAAUGAUACCUUUAACAGAUACCUCAAACUGGGAAUUCCCAGAUGUUUGCAAGCAUUACUUUGGAUCCUUUGGUCAAUGGUCAAGCCUCUUAUUUUCUAUGGUAUCGCUUGUUGGAGCCAUGGUUGUUUAUUGGGUACUUAUGUCCAACUUUCUGUUCAACACAGGGAAAUUUAUAUACAACUACGCUCAUGACAUUAAUGUAACAGAUAUUGUUCCUGGCACCAAUGGAAGUAACAAAGGUACAGUUUCAGUUGUCUACUUAGUUUUUCUGGUUACAGUAAAGGCAGUUCAUCUGGGAAUACACUUAGAAUUCAACUGGUUUACAGAGAAUGAAUUUUUUGUACCAGAGUUUAGAAUUCUGUUCCCUCAGCUCACAGGGGUUCUAACACUUGCCUUCUUCAUCCACAAUUGUGUCAUCACACUUCUUCAGAAUAACAGGAAUCAAGAAAACAAUGUUAGAGACCUCUCUAUUGCAUACUUCCUUGUUGGACUAACAUAUCUGUAUGUUGGAGUGAUAAUUUUUGCAUCUUUUCCUUCUCCACCAUUAUCCAAAGAAUGUAUUGAACAGAAUUUUCUAGAUAACUUUCCCAGUGAUGACAUCAUGUCAUUUGUUGCAAGAAUAUUCCUGCUGUUCCAAAUGAUGACUGUAUACCCGCUGUUGGGCUAUCUGGCACGAGUUCAACUGUUAAGACAGUUUUUUGGAAAUCCUUACCCAAGCCUUUUCCAUGUGCUUAUCCUGAACCUAGCCAUUGUAGGAGCUGGAGUAGCAAUGGCGAGAUUUUAUCCAAAUAUAGGAGGUAUCAUAAGAUACUCAGGAGCAACAUGUGGUCUGGCCUUUGUAUUCGUGUAUCCAUCACUCAUCUACAUGAUCUCCCUGCACCGAGCUGGGCAGCUGACGUGGCCUGCAUUGAUCAUUCACAUCUUUAUAAUCCUCCUUGGACUGGCUAAUCUGAUUGCACAAUUCCUAUUGUGAAAACUCCCCCUUCUCCCGUGGCUGUCACAAGUGGUGCUACGAUAUUUGGCAACAGCCUUGAGCAACACUGUGAAGCAUGAGAACUGUCUUUAAUAUGGGGAUCUUGAGAAAAACUGCAGCUUUGAAACAAGUUCUUAACACAUCGUUUAAGUGCUUUACAAGUAUCAUGUCUUGAUUCUCUGAAAAACAAUUUUAUGAAAAGUGAAAUGGUUCAGAUUUGAGUGAUACAGUUCUCCUGGCUUUGUUGAAGAUACAUCAAAAAUUAAUGAAGCUCAAAUGUUUUAAUUUUUUACAGCACAUUUCUCCAAAUAAAGCUUCCAGCCUCAAGCUGUGGAAGUCUUUCCUCCAAAUGAACUGUCCUUACCUUGAUUAGCAGACAUGCUUUCUCAGUAUUGUUCAGUGAUUCUUUGAAAUGCUCUUUUGUUGCAGUUAUUUUCCUGAUUUGUUUGGAAAAUGAAGGAUUUAUUGUCUUUCCUCUUUUUUUUUUAGGUUAAUUUAUAGUCACUUGGGUCAAAAUGCACUUUUAAUUUUGAAUACGCUAUUAAAUUGUUUUGGCAAUAUUUUUCCUCUAGGAAAUUCCAACAAAGAGAAACAAUAAACUCAUGUUUCAGUGUUUUAUUCAGAACCAAUAUGUACACAAGUUAUUUGUGAUCUUACAAUACAAAAAAGCCAGGAGAAUAAAAAAAUUAGAACAAGACAAUUAAAAUUAGUAUCCAGGCUUGACCUCAGUUCAACUCUGUUACUGGGUUAUUAUGUGCUGUGAAGUUGUCUUGUCAGGAGUUGCAUGUGGUUUUUAUGGAUGCAUGGUGUACACAGCAUUAGUUCAUCACAGGCCUGCCCUUGUAGGGUCUUCCUCUGGUGGUCUCUCACUUCCCCACUAUGUUACUCUAGACAUUUUGGAUGUGACAGAGAGACAGAGCCAGCCAUCUUCAGAGUAGUGGAUGAAUUUAAGUUUUAAAUAAGAAUUAAGUUUUAAAUAAUUUUUAACAGAAGCCAGAGGGAUCUAGGAAGAUUUUGCUGUGGGGAUGUUUUUUUUAACUUCUUGUUUACGAAUUAAGAUGGUGUAUGUGUGUAAGCAUAUAGACACCUUCCUUCAUCUACCUGCAGUAAUGUCUUAACCGAAGACGCGCAGUAAUGAAGUCUCCAGACUCUAGUGGGAAUAUCAUUUUUGUGGCUGGAGAGAGAGUGGAAACUCCACUUUGUGCAGAAUUUCAGUGCAAUAAAAUAAUCAACAAAUGUAGAAUAAUUGAAAGAGAACUCUGAGAAAGAGUAAAUUCCAAAGUAAGUAAAAGAGGAAAAAAGUUGAAGUGGUGCAAUGUUUAUGAAGUAGGAGUUGGGAGAGAUAAUUACAUUGCAGGAUAAUAGUUCAUAUUUUCAUCAGAAAGACAAUGAAAAGUAUAACCUAGGUUAUUUACCAUCCUCCUCUGGGAAAUUAUGUGAAUUUUUUUAGUAAUUACGAAAAUCCAUUUGUUUUACUUAGGCUUCUCAAACUGUGUAAAGGACACUCACUUUCCUAAAUAUCCUUUAAUUUGUAUGAAAUAGAAGAUUAUAUGGGUUUGGAAUACUAUCUGCAGAAUACAAUUAUUAUUUCUGAUUGUUCUUUUCUUGUGAAACUUUCUGUGUCUUUAAAUCAGAAUUGGGGAAUACAUCCAUCAUCUGUUCUGUAUUAGAGAGAAUUAUCUGCUCCAUCCUUUUCUCCACUCACAAGAGAAGUACUUGAAAGGACAAAUGAUACAGGUUACCUAGCACUGUUGGCUUAUUCACAUUAAACUCUUGUGCUUAGUUAUUAUAGGGUCAGUGUUCAAUUUAGGUAGAAAUGCUGAGGAGUGCAGGUAAUUAAAUUUGAUUAUAUACUCCCAUGUUCCAGUUGUAUAUGAUUCCAUUAUUUAUAUCUUUGUCAUUGAAGCUGAUAGUAAAAUACCCAUUUUUUUAGCAGAAUUGAAUUCUGUGGGGAUCUAAUAGUCAACAGAACUUCCUGAGAAAGACAAAAUUCUUGGUGAAAUGUCCUAAUGGCAUCUUGAAUGUGUCUCUUUUUUCAGUUGUGCAAUGUACAAUGACUGAAUCAAAAUUUAGAAGGAAAUUAUUCAGAAUAUUUAUAAAAGGCUGUUUUAGCUCUGUGUUACAGAGAUAGAUUCUUGCUGCACUGUUUAUUCAUACAAGCCUUUAAAAACUUUUAUUUGAAUUACAAACUAGUAAGCAGUAGAGUGAUAGCAAAUAUUUCAUUACAUUGUCAUCUCCUGAAACACAUUUUCUUAUAUUUUUUUAGUUUUACUGCAUGCAUUUGAGAUUUUCACAAGCAUAAGAAACAAGUGUGUAAAUGGAUUGGCAUUUUCAGGGAUUCUCUUCUUUGUCAACAUCCUAAGUUAAAUAAUAUUUUAAAAUUUAAAUUGCUUUUAGGGCAACUAAAAUGCCCUAAAAGACCAGAGGUAGAUUGCAGUGUCUAUUUUUGUGCAAGUACAAAAUGUAGCUCUUUACAAACACACAUUUCAUCUGCAGUGAUGGCCAGCUAAUUUCAGUUCCUUAGGUUCUUUGUUCCAGGAUAUCAUCAUAUGGUUUAGCAAAGCAAAGAAAGCAAUAUACUGACCCAGUGGUAUAUUGUGAAAUUUAUUAUUGUCAUUUAUUACCUUCUCACAGAAGAAAAAUAAUUUCUGCUGGAUAUACUGAAUUCUGUUUUUGCACUUGGACUUUGCUGAAGUAAGCUGUGAAGUGAAACACUUUUGGCUCUGGGCAUUGAGUAAGAAUCUAAGGUUUUCUUCCUUACAGUACCAGGCUCCUUGUUUGGCACCAACCCUAACUCACUGCACUCUGACCAUCCAGCCCUCUAUAUUGUGUGAUAACUCAGUGAUGCAAACUGAAAUUUUUGCUGCAUGAGGUUUGAGCAGCUGCAGUCAAAUCCUCUGUACUGAUACUAUCAUGCUAAAAUCCAGAUCUCAAGAUACAUAAGGCAUAACCCAGCAUGACCUUCAGACAUUGCCAAAGCAUAAGUAGCCAGGGGAAUUCCCAGGAAGCUCCAAGAGCAGUUGUGGACAUGCCUGUGUGGUGAGUUUGUGGACCUGACUUCUGUAGGUUAUUACAUGCUUUGAGCACUGAUGCCAAGGGAUUAGUUUUUCAGUGGGAGCAUUGUGAUGAACAGAAUUAAUUGUAUUUUCUAAAGACAAGGAAAGAUGAUAUGGCUUAUGAGUCUGUCUUCUCUGACAGCAUGAGAAAGAACUACCUUCCCUAUAUGCUUGUACUAAUCUCAUCGCCUACUCUGUAAUGGCCUAGCAUAGUUUUAUAAUGUUACUGUGGCCCAGAUUCUUCCUUUCAGCUUCAUAAUUUCUCUGCUUCAUAGAAUUUCAUUUCUGCUUCAUAAUUUCUCCUGUGCUUAUUAGGUCUCAGUUUUCCUUUUUCUUCCAGACUCUCACAGCUACAUCUGUUCCUACAAAUAACUUUUUCCUAUUCUGUCUAUUGGUACUGUAAUGCUAAUCUAUUAAAUCAUGUAGCUCAAAGGACCUGUGCAGCAAAUAUGAAUAUUUGGGAUUCAAACAUUGCAUCAUGUAAACAGAGGGUCUUGGGGAGGAUAUUUUAUGUAACAUUGCCUGUUUUCUUAGGGGUUCAUCCUUUCCAAGGCCUUGUGCAAAAAUGUGUGAAGAUAAUGGCAUUUGGUUGCAACACUGAACUCUUUGUCAUGUUGAUAGCUUGUCUGCCCAACCUCCAGGCUGCUCCCUUCUCCACCAGGCUUCUGCACAAGGGUUGUUUUUUGUUUACAUCCUCAUGGAAUCUUUUUUCUAUAGGGAGUCAGCUUGAGAGUCCAAAGGUUGCCAGAGCAGUUGGUUAUUGCUCUAACCUGGCAUCUCCCAGCUCUGAGUGCUCGACUCUGUGCAAAUGUUAAUGAAUGUGCAAGGGCAUGUAGUCAGUCGUAAGGCUGAUUAAACUCUUUUGUAGAGUGUACUAAACUAAGUUUACAUCCUUCCAUCCAUGGGUGUCUGGAAAGCUGAGAUGCAGCAGCAGAAUAACUGCUGAAUAACUGCAGUAUAAAUGCAGUAUAACAGUACAACUGCUGUGUGAAUUACAUAACAGCUGAAGCUGUGCUGGGAAGGAGGAGAGACUUACUGGAAUACUGAGACAAUCAAAGCUAGGAUAUAGAGUCUGCACUAUGGGAAGUCCUAGAGACUCCUGUGUACAGGAGUCAGACUGAUGCUGCAGUCUCCAGGUUCUGCAGUGAAGUGGUAGUGAGAGACGUGGUAGUCUCUGGAAACUGUUUUUGCCUUACAGGAUGUUGUGCUUCAGAGGACAGCUGCACUAAACAUCUGUCACGUUUAUAAACAGAUAUGAAGAUACCUGCCUGAGGAAAAACUAAUGAUGGGAAAAGGAUUAGUGCUUGGCAAUAACUGAUACUGCUACCAGCUGGAAACAAAAAUCAAUUCCUGUGGGAAUCUGGGAGCUGUCUUUAGUAAAAAAUCUGGGAGCUGUCUUUAAUAAAAAAUAUGCUAUUUUAGUAGAGUCAUCAAUUAACUAUUUAAGAGGAAGUAAAAAUACUAAUGAUAGACAAAGCA